CGCACCUAUCAAUGUGACGCGUGUGCUAGGACGCAGAGACAGCCUAAGAACUUGACGCAUAUGGACAUAAGCCUACAGAAGUGGUUUCGCGGUGGGUUGAGAGAGCUGAUAGUGGUAAAAGUUGGUCAGAUGGAUCCAGGCAAGCCUCCUGAUCUCACUGAGAAGAUAGGUGCCCAUUGGCUGGGACGAGGAAGAGGAUUACAGCUUGGGGAGUCUGCUGUAGGACGUGGUAGAGGGCUGCUGCUCUCUACAGAAGAACCUGCUGUAGGACAAGGCAGGGCUUUCCCUACUUUUAGUGAUAACUCACUGGGACUAAGUGGAGCUGUCCCCAUUACUGAACCUGUGGUAGGAAGAGGUAGAGCGCUGUUGGCGCAACAGGAUAUAGUAGUUGGUCGAGCCAGAGGGCUGCUCAUCCCAGCAGUUGAAUCAAAGGUAGGAGUGGCGAGAAGUGCAGGCAUACUUAGACUGGAGCCACAUGAAGGACCCACACCUCCAAGUGAAACAAUGAUGCCAGCUCUAAUGGGAGAAGGCCCUACUUUGACAAAAGAAGAGAUUGGCAAGCCACCACAUGUUAAAGGAUCAACACUGGUCUCAAUGUUUAGAGGAAUGGGCAUUGAACCAUCAGCGACUUCACUGGGAAGAGGAGCAACACCACUGGGUAGGGGAGCAGCUGGGGAUGUGGGAGAGGUGAAACUGCGAGAUGCCCCACCAGGUGUCAUCAGCACACCACAGAGUAUCGGCCCAUCUGGAGAAAUGAUGGGCAGAGGCAGCAGUUUCCUUGGCCAAGGUUUGUCCCCUCAGAAAAUGGUGGGCCUCGGAAGAGCAGCUAUGCCUCAGCUUGGAGUUGGCAGAGGCCGUGCUUUGCUUCCUUCAUUUCCUGCAGGUCAAGACGUGUUUGUUUCUCCAAUGUCUGAGCCACAAACAGAAUACUCUCAGCCCUCUCUGACAGGAACUGUGUCCCCUGUGCACACCGUUCAAGAAGCCACAGACCUUUCCACUGGUCCAGCUGCAAAGACGGAGCUGACAAUGGAGGCAGUUCGUGAGCCACUGAAUAAGGCUGGAAUCAAAGGAGCUCCUAUAAAUAUUGGGUCAAACCACAUCCAAAUUCAAUGCAAGAAUGAAGCGGUGUAUCAGUACCAUGUUACAUUUACUCCUAAUGUCGAAUCAGUGGCGAUGCGUUUUGGCAUGAUGAAAGACCACCGUCCAACCACAGGUGAAGUUGUGGCAUUUGACGGUUCGAUACUGUACCUUCCUGUUAAACUGAAAGAUGUGGUUGUUCUCAAGAGUUUGAGACGGACCGAUAAUCAGGAAAUAGAAAUCAAAAUUCAAAUGACGAAGAUUUUACCACCAAGCUCAGAUCUGUGCAUUCCCUUCUACAAUGUGGUGCUCAGGAGGGUGAUGAAAAUCAUUGGACUAAAGCUGGUAGGCAGAAACCAUUAUGAUCCAGAAAGCGCAGUCAUUCUUGGAAAACACCGACUCCAGGUUUGGCCAGGCUACUCAACUGGUAUCAAGCGCACAGAUGGAGGCCUAUACCUGUGUAUUGAUGUCUCUCACAAAGUCUUGCGGAAUGACUCUGUGCUGGAUGUUAUGAACACGUUGUACCAACAGAGCAAGGAAAACUUUCAAGAUGAAUGCACCAAAGAACUCGUCGGCAGCAUUGUCAUCACCCGCUACAACAACCGCACCUACCGCAUCGAUGCCAUUGAGUGGAACAAAUCACCCAAAGACACCUUCACUUUGAUGGAUGGCACUGUAACUACCUUUGUGGACUAUUACAGCAAAAACUAUGGCAUUACAAUCAAAGAGAUGGACCAGCCUUUACUCCUGCAUCGGCCAAAGGAGAGGUCCAGACAGGGCGGGAAGCAAAUCAUCACUGGUGAGAUCCUUUUAGUCCCAGAGCUUUCCUUCAUGACAGGAAUUCCUGAGAAAAUGAGGAAGGACUUCAGAGCUAUGAAAGACUUGACAAUGCACAUUAACGUGAGUGGUGAGCAGCAUACUCACUCAAUAAAGCAACUUCUGAAGAACAUCAACACCAAUCCUGAAAGUCUGAAUGAGCUUGGUGGUUGGGGACUGGAGAUUGGCACAGAAAUCAUGAUGAUCAAAGGUAGAACUCUUCCCUUUGAAACCAUCUGCCUGCAGUCUUCAUCCUUUGCCACUGGUGCUGAUGUGUCUUGGUCCAGAGAGGUUGUGAGGGAUGCUUCAAUCAGCUCUAUUCCCUUGAAAACCUGGGCCGUCUUCUACCCUCGACGCUGUACAGCACAGGCUGAAGAGCUUGUUUCCACCUUUAACAAGGUGGCCACACCUAUUGGGGUCCAGAUGGGUCGACCCAUUUAUGUGGAGCUGAGGGAUGAUCGGACCGAGACUUAUGUCAAGACCAUCCACUCGCACCUCACGAGUCAGCCCAAUUUGCAGCUUGUAGUUUGCAUCAUUUUUGGCAACAGAGAUGAUCUCUACAGUGCCAUCAAGAAGCUGUGCUGUGUUAAAAAUCCCAUCCCAUCCCAGGCCAUCAAUGUCCGCACAAUUUCCCAGCAACAGAAGUUGAAGAGUGUGGCACAGAAGAUACUUCUGCAGAUGAACAGCAAGUUAGGAGGAGAGCUGUGGACUGUCAAUGUUCCUCUGAAAAACCUGAUGGUAGUUGGAGUUGAUGUCCACCACGACCCCAGCAAGUCUCAUCAGUCAGUUAUGGGGUUUGUCGCGAGCGUGAACAGCUCAUUGACCCGCUGGUACUCCAGAGUAAUUUUCCAGACCCCCAAUGAGGAACUGAUCCAUGGCUUCAGGGUUUGCUUACUGGCUGCACUGCAGAAAUACUAUGAGGUAAACCACAACUUGCCAGAAAAGAUUGUGGUGUACAGAGAUGGUGUCUCAGACGGCCAGCUUAAAAUGGUGGAGCAGUACGAGAUCCCACAGUUGAUCAAAUGCUUUGAGACUUUCCCCAGCUACGAGCCCAAGCUGGUCUUCAUCGUGGUACAAAAGCGCAUUAACACCACUCUCUACUCCUGGGCUGCAAACAGCUUUGGCACUCCCCCUCCUGGAACUGUCGUGGAUCACACCCUCACUCAGAAAGAUUGGGUGGACUUCUACCUGAUGGCACAUCACAUUCGUCAGGGCUGCGGACUUCCGACACACUACAUCUCUUUAUACAACACGGCAAACCUCACACCAGACCAUUUGCAAAGGUUGACUUUCAAGAUGUGCCAUUUGUACUGGAACUGGCCCGGCACCAUUCGUGUUCCAGCACCCUGCAAAUAUGCCCACAAACUGGCUUUCCUGUCUGGCCAGUACCUCCACUCAGAGCCGGCCAUCCAGCUCUCAGACAAGCUCUUCUUCCUUUGAGUUAUUCUUUGCCUUGAUGCAGACAGCAGUUACCUGUUUUUAAUGACAA